UUACAUACUGUAUUAAUAGUUUUAGUUAUGUAAUAAGUUAUAAUUUUUUAUACUAUUAGUAAUAAGUUAUAUUUAAAUAUUUUAAUGCAGUCGAUAUUAAAGGAGGGAAUCAAAGAAAGAACAAAUAAAAAUACAACACUAGCACUAAUAUUAGAUAAACUACUUGCAAUGGGCAGUUUCUUUAUAAUUUGGAUAAUUACAGCUUAUGUCAGAUGGAGAUUCUACUUAUCAUUUAUUGAUACGUGA